AUGGGCUCCAUUGACCCUCCGAGCUGCGAUGUCCUGAUCGUUGGAACAGGCAUCUUCGGGACCAGCACAGCAUACCAUCUCUCCCUCAACCAUGCAGACCCAUCACGUAUCACCGUUCUGGACCGCGCACCUGUGCCCUCACCACAGGCUGCGUCGUCCGAUAUCAACAAGAUCGUCCGCGCGGAUUACAGCAAGGCAUUCUACAUGGACUUGGCCUACGAGGCCAUGGAGGAUUGGACCGACAAUCCCCUGCUGAAGCCAUACUUCCAUCAGACGGGGUGGGUGAUGUUGGACGAGAAGGGCAGCGAUCUGGCCGACCGAAUUCGGAAGAACUUCCGAGAAAGUGGCCGCCCCGAUACGUCUGCCGAUAUCUCCCUGGAGGAGGUCAAGUCGAAUUGGGGCGGCGUUCUCUCUGGAAUAGACACCACUGGAUUCAGCAAGGCCUACACGAACACCAGCGCCGGCUGGGCAGAUGCUUCUUCCGCCGUCGCGGCUGUGAUGAACGAAGCUGUCAAAGCUGGUGUAAAGCACGAGGUAGGAGAAGUGAGUGAGCUGCUCAGUGAUGGUGACAAGCUGACCGGUGUCCGCACCGUUGAUGGGCGGACGUUCACUGGUGAAAAGAUUGUUCUAGCUACCGGGGCAUGGACGCCAUGGUUGAUGGCACCACUGGAGAAGAAGAUGACCAUUUCUCAGGAGAACAGCAUCCAAAGACAAAUCCAAGCCGCGGGGGUGUGCGUGGCAGCAUUCAAGGUCUCAGCAGAAGAAGCUCGACAUUACUCACAGAUGCCGGUCUUGAUCUUUGGGGCAAAGGGAGAGGCAAUGCCGCCAGGUGAGCAGCGGUUGUUUAAAUUCACCAAUGCCAACACUUUCCUCAACACCCAACCUCAUCCAGAGACAGGCCAAAACAUUUCGGUCCCAGCACCUGAUCAACAUUCGGUCUCAGAAUCGCUCAAGCACGAAUCCAUAGAGAUCAUCCGCCAGCGCGUUCCGCAGAUUCUCGACGACGGCAGAUUGCCAGACGACUGGCGCCUCUGCUGGGACGCCAUAUCUCCCGAUCAAAACCAGCUGAUCGCGCAACACCCUGACCCGCGACUGUCGAAUCUCUACUUCGCCACAGCCGGGUCGUUCCACAGCUGGAAGUUCCUGCCGAACAUUGGGAAAUAUGUCGUCAACGUGCUGGACGGUAAGUCGAAUGGACCAGAGCGGGACGAGGCCUGGAGUUGGAAGAGAAAGUUCAGUGAGAGGGGAGCCCACGAGAAAGUGCUGCCGAAAGGGGAGCUGAAGAACUUCCAGUAA